AUGGGCGUGGCCGCUUCCGCCGAGCUCGAGCAAGCCCAGGGCCAGGUGAAGCGCCUCACGGUCGAGAUGCAGAAAUUGAGCACGGCGCUCAAGGGCAAGGAGAGCGCGCUGAGCGCCGUCACGCGUGAGGCGCUCGAGCUCCGGCAGCACAAGGACAAGACGGCCGACGUGCAGCUCGAGCUGUCGCGGACGGCCGAGGAGCUGCGCGCCGCGCGGCGUGAGGCGCAGCAGCUUCCGAGCGUGUCGGCACAGCUGCGGGGCAUGCGCGAUCAGGCGGAGGGCGAGUCGCGCCGCGUGGCGGAGCUGCAGGCGGAGGUCGAGGCGUCAAAGGCGGAGCUCGAGGCGAUGGUGGGACGGCUCAAGUACGGCGAGCUGGAGCAGCGGUCGGUGGCGAAAAAGCUGGGCCGUGCCGCCACCCAGGAGCAGCAACAGAUGGCCGCCGCCCAGGAGGAGGCCGCGCUGGUGGCCGCGCAGAUCGUCGCCGACGCGAACGCCGCGCUUGGAGGCGAUGCCGCGAGCGGCGCCCACCCGGUGUUUGGGGAGCUGCUGCGAGACGACGGGCACAAGCGGCUGUACUCUGCUUCGCCAACCACCCUCUGGGCCGGCACGAGCACGUGGCACAAGCAGCGCGCCUUCCGUGCAGAGCGAGCCGAGCUCAUCGCAAAGGCAAAGCAGCGCUCGAGCGUGGCUGGCUGGCCCGGCUCGAUCUGCGUGCACCGGCUGGGCGCGGCGCACGUGCUCUCCUCCAAGGGCAAGCUGCGCCCCGACCUCGCGAGGGUGCUGGUGCGCGAGCUCUUCACCGAGAUCAACAAGGUGGAGCCGGUCACGCUGGACCAGGGCGGUGCGGGCGAGGAGGAGGCCGCAAUCAUCACGCAGGCGGAACCAUGCGCCUAG